AUGCCAUGCGGCUUUAUGCUGGGAACAAGAACAAUGCAGCAGCAUACGCCGACGCCGACGACGAUGGGGUGCUCGGAGCAGUCGCUGGCGGCGGAGACGGCGGCGAUCGUGUCGGCGCUCACGCACGUCGUCGCAAGCGGCCGCGGCGGGCCGCCGCGCCAGGCGCCGCCGCUCGUCAUGCCGAUUCCGUGGCGCCGCCGCGCGGACGACGACGACGGCGGCGCGCGGAAGUACCGCGGCGUGAGGCGGCGGCCGUGGGGGAAGUGGGCGGCGGAGAUCCGGGACCCGCACAAGGCGGCGCGGGUGUGGCUCGGGACCUUCGCCACCGCCGAGGACGCCGCGCGCGCCUACGACGCCGCCGCGCUCCGCUACCGGGGCGGCCGCGCCAAGCUCAACUUCCCCGACGCCGCCGCCGCGCGACGCGCCAGGGACGCCGAGGCGGCCUCCGCAGCGGCCAGGGCAGGCCCGCCCGCCGCGCUGCUCGAGUCGCAGUCGCAGCAGGCCGCAGCAGGCGACGACGACAUGGCCGAUUACAUCGACUACUCGAGGAUCCUGGAGGCCGCCGAGCCCAGUGGCAUCAUGGACGGGCUCUUCGGUGGCCACGGCAACGGACGCUUCCUCGGCUCGUGGAGCAUUGGGACGUCGCCGCCGUCGUCAUCAGGCUCCGGCGCCUCGCUUGCCGGUGCCGCCUCCUCCGCUUCUCUGUUCCAUCAGACUGAUGGCGGGAAGCAGAGCAGCAAUAAUAGUGGCGACUAUUAG